AUGGGAAUGGACGUGGACGAGCAGAAAGAGCUGGGCGCAUUACUGGCCUACCUGUCCCUCGAGGCCGCGGCUACGGCCAUUUUCCGUGUCACGUCGGAUGAGGGAUGGCAAGAGAUAUACUUGAACGCUGCUUUUGAGGAGCUGGAGGGUGUGGAUCAAGAGCUGGGGGGAUUGAAAGAGGCAUUGAAGCGGACACAUUCGCCAGAGCAAGAUCUGGCUUUGCUGCAUGGUCGGGUUUUGGAGGGGCGAAGAUGGAGGCUGAGAGUCAUAUCCCAUCGGCAUUGUGUGGCUUCUAUGCUGCUGCCAGUAGGAAAUACACCKGAACAGCGGAAUGGACAUACAGAACAGAUGGCCAAUGACGAUGUGAUGAUGAACGAGGAUUCCCUCGAUUGGACCAGACAUGCCAUCAAGAAUGCUUCUCCUUGGAUCGACUUGAUUCGCAAUCAUGACUGGGCUGCCACUGCCAUCGGACCGAUGCAUUCAUGGUCGCCCCUUCUCCGCCAAUACUGCCUUCACAUCAUGUCGGAUCCGGAUCCGCGCCUGCUCAUCUUCGGCGAGGGCAUGACCUUCAUCUACAACGAAGCGUGUAUUGAAGUCUUCGGGGCCAAGCACCCUCAAGUAUUGGGUCAGUCGGUUGUGGAUGCGUGGGCGGAACUCUGGGAGGAUGUGCAGCCCAUGAUCGAAGCGGCGUACAAUGGAUAUUCCACCAAACUCACCAAUUGUCCCAUGUUUCUGGAACGCCACGGUUUUCCGGAAGAGACGUUUUGGAACUUUUGCCUGGUGCCAAUCAUUGAUCCUGCCACGGGAAAUGGAGUGGGACUUGUCGAUGAGUUUACAGAAGUUUCGGCGCAAGUGACGGAUGAUCGGAGGAGAAUUAGUGUCAACAACUUGAGCAACCAGAUCAAAAAGGCCGAUACGCUGCCGGAUCUGUGGACGGCAGUACUGGAAAGCAUGGAAGAUGCGGAAGUCGACAUCCCAUUCGCCAUUCUCUACGCUGUUGUUGAUGAUGUACCGGAACGAGAGGACGAGAGCAGAUCAUCGACGUGCGAGUCACAAUCAACCACCAAUCAUCCAAAGAAGCUCGUCCUCGCCGGAACCGUGGGUAUCUCAGACGAAGACCCCAAUCUAUUCGACAUGAUCUCGCUACCUGUGAUGGAAAGUGACACUGUUGAUCUCGUCCAUCACUGCUCCGAGGCGUGGGAAACCCGGACUGCCAAAUACAUUCGCACGCAAGACGGAACUCUACCAUCUUGGCUCUCCAUUCCCAUCCCAUCUCGCAGCUACGGAGAUGCAAUCCGUACUGCACUGGUAUCUCCACUACGAUCUGCGGGAGAUGAUGUUCUAGGAGUUCUCAUUACCGGCGUCGCUCCAAGGACUCCUCUCAAUUCAUCCUACCAACUCUUCCUCAACAUCAACGCGGAGAUUGUCGAAAAGGCUGCAGCUUUGAUCUCCCUCCCGGACGAACAACGAAGAGCACAAGCUGUUUCCGAUGWGAUCACCACCUCUCUUACCCAGCAGCUUCGACUGUACACUCUUCAAGCGGAGAAGAGCGAGGCCAAGUUCUCACGUAUGGCCGCUUCCUCCCCGAUUGGCAUGUACAUGUUCUGUGUCAAGGAUGGGAAGCCAUUGUAUGCCAACGACGCAUAUCUGGAAUUGCUGGGAGUCAGUCGAGAGACGCAUGCUAUUAUUGGCAGGCCGCAUGCCGGUGCUUGGGAGGGAGUGAUUCAUGAUGAAGACAUUGACCGCUUCAUCGCUGCGUGGGACCGAGUCACAAAUGAAAAGGUGCCUGUUUCCCUCGAGUAUCGAUUGAAGAAGACGUGGAAGUCAAUCGAUAGAUCUACCGGGCAAGAACUUUCGGGCGAGCACUGGGUGCAAUCCACAGCUUUCCCCGAGAUUGAUCCUGAUGGGUCUGUAAGUACUGUUCAAGGAUGGGUUUAUGAUAUUUCACACAGAAAGUUCUCCGAGAGAAUCCAAGCGCAGAGACUUGAGGAUGCUUUGGAGAAUAAACGACAGACGGAGAAUUUUAUUGACAUGACAAGUCAUGAAAUGAGGAAUCCUCUCUCUGCCAUUCUGCAGUCUGCGGAUUCCAUCGUCAGUACGCUCUCGGGUGAUGCACCGAUCUUGAAUGAGCAGGUCAUUUUGAGUGCGGCCGUCACCGAGGACUUGAUCGAUGCAGCACAGACCAUCAUUCUCUGCGGACAGCAUCAAAAGCGAAUCGUCGACGACAUCCUCACCCUCUCCAAACUCGACGCCUCCCUCCUCGUAAUCUCCCCCGACAAAGUCCAAGCCCCAGCACUCAUCAAAAAAGCCCUCAAAAUGUACGAAGCGGAAAUCGACCGGGCAGGAAUCGAAGCAACMCUCUGCAUCGAACCCACCUACGAAGCCCUACACGUCGACUGGGUGAUUCUCGACCCGUCCCGCCUGCUACAAAUCAUGAUCAAUUUAUUAACCAACAGUAUAAAAUUCACGCAAUACUCCGAAAUCCGCAAAAUUCGAUUGUGUGUCGGGGCGAGUUAUCAGAAACCCACGGGACAGCAUCAUGGGAUUAAUUUUGUGCCGCAGAGGUAUAAUCGUCCUUGUCGAACUCCUGCUCCGGAGUGGGGACAUGGAGAGGAUAUUUAUAUUCAAAUUGCGGUUUAUGAUACGGGGAAGGGGUUGGAUGAUGAGGAGAUGAAGGUACUUUUUGGGAGGUUUCAACAGGCUAGUCCCAAGACUUAUAAACAGUAUGGAGGGAGUGGGUUGGGGUUGUUUAUUUCCAGGGAGUUGUGUGAGUUACAAGGAGGACAGAUUGGGGUGGCGAGUGGGGAUGGGCAGACGGUUUUUACGUUUUAUGUCAAGGCUAAGAGGUGGGUGCCUGAGGAGGUGCUGGUGAAGGAUUUGGGGAAAGGGGUCGAGGUUAGUGCGGCUGUGAGUCCCAUGGUCUUUUCUCGACGAGGGAGCGCGGUGUUGCCGGCUGAAGGGGUUGAUGGGCAAAUGGUCGAGCAGUUGUUGACUGAUGGGACGCUGUUGGAGAGUUUUCGUCCCCUUUCCAGGAGGAAUUCGCAGAGGAGUCCUUCUCCUUCUGCUCAGGAGAUGGACACUCUUCAUGAGGAGGUGAGAGAGAUUGCACAAGAGGGUACGAGGAUGUUGGAGGAGAAGAGGAAAACCUCACACGAACACGAGCAGCAGUUGCAUGUGUUGAUUGUUGAGGAUAACACCAUCAAUCAAAAAGUAAUGUCCCAACAACUCCGCCGCGCAGGCUGCGUCGUCCACCUCGCGAACCACGGCCUAGAAUGUCUAGAAUUCCUCCAAAAUUCCUCCUUCUGUGGCCAAACCACACCCCUCUCCAUUGUAUUACUGGAUCUGGAAAUGCCGACCAUGGACGGAUUGACUUGCAUACGACAUAUUCGACAACGACAGAAAGCCGGGGAAAUUUUUGGCCAUGUGCCUGUUAUUGCCGUCACGGCUAAUGCGAGGUCGGAGCAGAUUCAUUUUGCUAUUGAGGCCGGUAUGGAUCAGGUUGUUACGAAACCUUUUCGUAUUCCCGAGUUGGUGCCGCAGAUGGAGGCUUUGGUUGCUGAGGUUGGGCUGGAGAGAUUGAGUAAAAAACCUGGGUGA